CGUCAUACGCGACCAAUGGUUAUAGUCGCAUCGCACCGGGGUGGGGAAUUCGAGUAUUUAACAGUUUACCGACAGCCAACAGACAAUUGUGUGCGCUCUCAAGUCCGUCCGACAACAGUUCGCUUUACUCAUCCAGACAACCGUCAACAAACACCAAUCCAAAAAAUCAAAAUGUUCUUCUCCGCUGCAUUUGUCGUUUUGGCUUCGGCCUGCGCUGUCUUCGGCGCACCACAAGGUGCCUACUACGCCCCGUCGGCCGCCGUCACAACCCCCAUCCCGAUCAUCGCCCAGACACAAGAACUCAACCUCGACGGAUCUUACCAAUACAGCUACCAGACCGGAAACGGAAUCUCAGCCGGCGAAUCCGGAUACCUGAAGAACCCAGGCACCGAGGCCGAGGGACAAGUUGCCCAAGGGUACUACCUGUACACCGGCCCAGACGGCAAUGUCUACCAAGUGGAAUACUACGCAGACGCUGACAGCGGUUUCGUCGCCAAGGGAGCACAUUUGCCCACACCACCACCACUCCCAGAGGCGUUGGUCCGUGCCAACGAACUUGCCUACAAGAACGCCGCCGCCGAUGCCGGUCAAUACGACGAGAGGGGUUUCCCGAUCAACACCGCCAAACGGUAUUAGAUGAUAUAUAUUAUGACGAAAUCAACGAAUCCAACAACUGCCGGACGUUUAUUUGUGUAAGCAUCAAAUAAUCGAACCUCCAACACUUCUUCCUUCCCUCGUCUUGAAAAAGAACAAGAAAAAUAAAAGAAAAAAAAUUCUACAAUUCGGUUCGGUUCAUCGUUCCGAUGAUUGGUUUUUAUUCAAAUUGUAUUUUUAUCAAAAACCCGAAAUUCGGACUCAAUUGAACUUUUUUUUUUCUUUUCGUUUCCUUUUCCUUUUUUUUAUCUUUCCCGACGAACGCUAUAAAGAAAUGUCUCUCAUAGUUGACGUUUCCGUCGUCACUUCUUUAUGUAUGUACUCGUUUGACGCAUAUAGGUUAUAUCAGCCUAUAUGUAUGCCCAAACGAACAUAUUAUUUUUGUUUACCAUGUGUAAUAUGUAUGUCAUUAUGUAGAGUUUAAGUUUGAAAAUAAAAACAAUUUGUACAACAAA